AUGUCCAAGCAGCUUACUACUCGUUCAUCAGACUCCAUUAGCUUGGAGGAGGCCAAGGACCGUGACGUACAGCGCAGUCUUUGGCGUUCCAUCUUCAUCAUCGCGACAUGCACCGCUGCAAUGGUGGUCAAUGUCUCUAAUAUCAGUUCUGUCUCCAUCUCCCUCCCGAAUAUCGAAAGGGACCUCGAUAUCAAGGAAGAGCAGCUGCAGUGGCUUAUCUCGGCCUAUUCCCUCAGUUCGGGUUGCUUUCUCUUGUUCUUUGGCAGGUUGGCGGAUAUCUAUGGUCGGAAGAAGGCUUUCAUGAUCGGAACUCUCUCUCAAGUCGCAUUUUCUCUCGGUUGUGGUUUUGCACAGAGUGGUACUACCCUCGUUAUUUUGCGUGCCUUUCAAGGCAUUGGUGCUGCCGCUACGAUACCGUCUUCACUCGGUAUCCUGGCCCACGCAUUCCCUCCGUCUAAAAUGCGUUCAAUAGCUUUUGCAGCAUUUGCAGCAGGAGCUCCUGUCGGCGGUGCAUUUGGCAUGAUCAUCGGUGGUGUUCUCGUACAGAUAACAUCAUCGCACUGGCGUUCCACAUUCUAUUUAGUUGCAGUAGUGUCUGCUCUAACGGGUAUUUGCGGCAUGAUUUCAUUCGACGCGGAUGUUACUUCGACGGAAGCUGUCGACUGGAUCGGUGCUUCCGUCGUUACGGUUGGUUUGGUCAUGAUCGUAUUUGUGCUUGGUCAAGGAGAAGUUGCUUCUGAAGGCUGGAAAACUCCAUACAUUGUUGCCCUUCUAACUGUUGGGAUUAUCAUGGUUUCGCUGUUCCUUCUUUGGGAGCGAUACUUGGAGAAAGGUAUAGAUGAUCCAUACAGAGCACAGUCCGCAUGGAGACCACCGCCAUUGAUGAGUCUCUCGCUUUGGACACGAGCAAGGGGUCGGAUGGCUGUCAUCCUUGCCAUUUCAUUCCUUAAUUCCUGUACUUUCACUAGCUGGAGCUUCUGGGUUCAGUUGUACUAUCAGAACUACCUCUUGCUCACGCCUAUGCAAACUAUGCUCCGGUUCAUUCCAAUGUUUAUUGUCGGCUGUUUGUGCAACUUUUUGGUUGCAAUGUUUGUUGGAAAACUGUCUUUCGUGGUCUUUGCAGUCGGCGGAACACUACUGACAGCAUUCGCCCCCAUUCUGCUUGCGCUGAUUGACCCGACCGCAACGUAUUGGGCGUUUUGCUUCCCGUCCACAAUUCUUAUCGUGGUCGGAGCUGAUCUUGUGUACUCCGCUGGUAUGAUUUUCAUCGCCAAGAUCGCGCUCCCACAUGAGCAAAGCGUUGCUGGAGCUCUGUUUCAAACUAUGGCACAGGCAAGCAUCAUCAAACUGGCUGAUAUAUCUACGAUUGUGUUCAACAUCGUGGUUAAAACCGAGUCUGCUGACCUUGGCGUUACCCUCAACUCUACUGGUACCAAUGCGCCUCUUUCCGCACAGCUGAAGGGUUAUAGGUCUGCGCAAUGGACUUGCGCUUCGUUUGCGCUUAUGGCUGCGCUGCUGGCAGCGCUCUGCCUUCACGGCGUUGGGAUUGUUGGACACAAGAAAACUCUCAAGCAUGUUGACAGUGAUCAGACAAUAGCCGUGCGGUUUGAAUCCAAGGAUGGCUAGAUCCGCCCCUCGUUGUGCUUCACAUCCCCCAGUCCCCAAACACCAAAGAUGACACAUGGUGCCGUCCUGCCAUCAUCCCACCCUCUCUAUUCAAUCGUACACUCGUUCGGAAUCAAACUACACUUCGACAUUGGACUAAUUCUUUUUUGCCGCGAAAGAUCCAUACUAUUUACACUCGUUUCUAACACUCUGUCUUUAUCCGUAAAGCACUAUUCUUGGUUUUUCUUGAUCUUGGCGUUGCUUUCUUGAUUAAUUUAUUUGACGUGUAGUGGUUGCGUACAGAUGCUUUUGCCUUACCACUGGUUGGUUGGUAUGUACUCACAAGGUAUCUACACGCCAUCAUCGCACAUGGAAUGGAAUAUAGUGUUCUUUGAGACUGUCUCGACUGCAGGCUCAACUACUGGCACUGCUCAUGACCGUGAAAUAAAGAGGGUGCG